CGAUACCCUUAAGCGUUCGAGGACAUUCUAUUUUAAUAUUUCGUGACCCGUGGUCGAAGUUAGUUUAUGAUAGCGUGAUCAAAGUACGUGCUUUGCAGCAUAAUUAUUCAAAUAAGUCGCAUUAUAGAUUUUCCAUGAAGACCACACUAGCGUCCAUGAAGACCACACUAGGAGUGAUGUGUGUUUUGUUUUUGACUGUGGUCCACACACAGGGUCCAGGACGACGUAUGCUAUGUAACGCUGAUUUCCCAAUAUACGUGGACUGUCUCACAAAAAAAGGAUUACCUGAGCACAACAAAACUUACUGGGAAUGCCGAGAGAUGGCAAAACCGUCUGUUACUGAUGAAGUUUUCUUCAAAAAAGUGUGUCGAGACGAUGACGUUAGACAUCAGUUUCGAGAUUGUAUCCACCAACGCAAGUUGAACGGUACUAUCCCUCCUGUUCCAACGGUGUGUAAAAAAAUCCUCGGGCAACGGAAUCUUGGUAAAGGGGUUCGUCGCUAUCUUUGUGCGAACAAGGAACGCUACAAGUGUAUGAAAGUAAAAGCACCAGCCGAGGAUCUGAUAAUGAUGGACAACUGUCAGAAGAAAGCUUUUCCUGGUGUCGCCCCGGAGCAGUUUCUCAGCACCGUGUGUAAUAACAACGACCCAGGGGUAGUCGACUCAGCUGAGAAGUUUGGACUAUGCAUGAUAAAAAAUACAGUCACAGACAACCAGGGAAUGUACCCUCCUACAUACAUUAAGGAAUGUCGAAAUGCUGGAGACAAGAAAGUGAAUUUCAAAGAUGAUAAGUUUGAACUGCAAGGGAAGAAUGUCCGGGAAUUUAUAUGUGGGAACAACAUCCGUUAUGAAUGUGUAAAAAAUAAGGCAUCAUCAAAUGAGCUGUCAAUUUUAAAACAGUGUCAAGAUAGAACAUUUUCUGACGUCUCUAUUGAAAACUUCUUCAGCUUUAUGUGUAGCUCCACCAAUGAAUCUGUUGUACUUCAGAUAGGACAGUGGGCCUUCUGUGUGGCAGAAAACAGCCAAGUCUCUCGGACUGAAAAAGGACCUCCUGAUUAUCUAAUGGAAUGCACAAAUCCGGGUCAAAGUGUGACACCUCAGGCAGUUAAAGAGUUUUUCUGUGAACAACCAACCAGAUAUCAGUGUGUACAGAGGGCGGUUUCUGAAGGGGUAAUAAAAUUGCGUUACGUUUUUUGUUAUUUAACUAUAA